GGCGGUGUGAGUGAGGAUUUAAUAAAAUCCAACUGGAGCAAGAAAUCUCUAGCACAAUGGGUUCGGGAGAGUCAUUCAAGAAGAAAACAACGGAAGCCACAAUAUAAGUAAAGGAACCAAUUAACUUGUGAUCCUCUUUGGCAUUAUAAAACACAGAGAAAAAGAAAAGAUAGACAGCCAAAUGAAGCUCUGCGAAGGAUCACAGCCUUUGAGCUAUACAGCGAAGAAGAGGCAGCACGAGACCGUCUAAAAAAGACGAAUAAUAUUUUAAGAAAAGCAUAUUAAAAAAACUUAGAGUAAGCGAAACUGCAGGAGAAAGACUGUAUGAUCAAUAAAGACGCGUAGAAGUAAAAGGACAGUCUUUUUGAAGAAAAAAAGAAACGUUUUUUUUUUCCUGUGAAAUUCCGGUGGUAAUUUAAGAAGCAUCCGGAUCCGGAGACAAAACGGGGAAGAAAAAGAGGAAGGAAAAAACAACACGAUAGAAAAAAGGACAAUUGGAAUAAAACCAAAAGAAAAGAAAUAUAGAAGAGGCAAGACCGAAAUGGGACAGGGCUUCUCGACUGGCCUGUAAGAAUGUAUCCGCUUCACAGAGAGAGGGAGCAGCCGAUUUUCAGUGCUAGAGCUCAUGUGUUUCAAAUCGACCCGACGACCAAGCGAAACUGGAUCCCAGCCAGCAAGCAUUCCGUUACUGUGUCCUUCUUCUACGAUGCUACAAGAAACGUGUAUCGCAUCAUCAGUGUGGGGGGCACCAAGGCGAUCAUUAACAGCACCAUUACUCCCAACAUGACGUUCACUAAAACGUCCCAGAAGUUUGGGCAGUGGGCAGACAGCCGAGCGAACACGGUGUAUGGACUAGGCUUCUCCUCAGAACAGCAGCUUCAGCAGUUUUCAGAAAGGUUUAAAGAGGUGAAAGAGGCGGCACGCCUCGCGAGGGAAAAAUCUCAGGAUAAACCCGAGCUGAGCAACCCAGCGCUGAGCAUCGCUGCACCGCAGGAUAUGAUGGAGGACCUGCAGUCCCCUCCUGUCCUCUGCAUCAACGGCCCGGGUGAGGAGAAGCUGUACCGGAGCCAGAGCGCCGACAUCGAGCUGUCCUCCGAGAAAGAACGCAUCAAGAAAAUGCUGUCCGAAGGAUCAAUCUGUGAGCUGAGCUGGGAGGCAGAGUUGUUCACACUGCAGGACAGUAACUCCAAGCUGGUGGCAGCGCUGCAUGAAGCCAACGCCAAUGUGGAGCAGUGGAAGAAACAGCUGUCUGCCUACCAGGAGGAGACGGUGCGGCUGAGAGACCAGGUGGCUGAGCUGGAAGCGCAGGGGGCCCGACACGCUGCCUGUGACAUUGGCAAGGACGAGCUGAACCAGUCCCUGGAGGAGCUGGAGGCCGUGCUGAAAGCAAAGGAUGAGGAAAUACAUCACCUGCAGAGCAAGAAGUGUGAUUACAAUGAAGUGGAGCAAGAGAGGGAAGAGGCUGUGCAGAGGCUACAGGAGGUGGAGUCUCGUAACGCAGAGCUGGAGAGGCGCGUGCACGCGCUGGAGCAGACUCUAUCAAACUCUCUGGACGAGCGCAGCCGAGCGGAGAACGAGGUGCAGAGGAUCAUCGACAUCCUGGACGUCAAGAUCUUCGACCUCACUGACCUGCGACAGAGCCUGGCCACACUGGUCCACAAGUAAACUCCUGAGUGUCAGCAAGAUACAAGCACAGCACUCUGGGACCAGGCCAAGGGAGUCUAAAGCACAAAAUCCGUUAGCUCAAACUGAAUGUAGAACGCAGCGUUAACUAGGUAGUCGUAGCAUUCGGGAAGUCUUCUUACAGGUAGUUUCACAAGGCGAAAGUGUGCUGUUUAGAUGCUUAACCCUAGUACUGGCUGUUACAUUUUUCAGUGUUAAGAUUUGAGGACAGUUUCAGAAGUUUAAGAGAUCCCUUCACAGGGGUGUUUGUAUGUAUGAUAAAGGGCUCUGUGAUCAUAUAAUGGUGUGCCUGUUUUAAACUAAGUUAAGGAGCUCUGAUCUUAAUCUGGCUUUAAAAUGAUCUUAAAUGUGUAAACCGAGGCUUUAAAAACAUUACCGUAGCCUGAAGGAAGAAUUAAUAGGGUUAGGGUUAGCCUAAAGGAAGAAUGGAUAGGAUGUAAAAAACAAAUUCUCUCAUGCACAAAUCAUUCAUGGUUUUUCGUUUCUUCUUUAUUUCUGUUUUUCAUCCUUAAAACAUAUUUUUAAGUUUGAGCUCAGCAAGGUUCAUAGCAAUAUCUACUAAAGACCAGUUGUCCUCUUUUUGCAUUAUCGAUAUGAGACUAAAGGUAAGAGAGUGAGACUAAUUUGAUUAUUAGUCUUGCCUUUAACACCUGACACCUGUGUGAGGGUCCCAGCUGACUGCUGAUGGGGUGGUUGAGUUCGUUGCUGCUCCUAAUCAGGUGCAGUGAGUCUGAUGGGGUUUUUUUUCCAUUUAAAGGGAAGCUUGCAUUGGUGUUGAUGGUGAGACUAAUAAUCAAAUAAAUCUAAACCUUUAGUCUCACAUUGAUGAUGCAAAAAGCCCUUGUCGAGUACUAACUAGAAGUCAUGGUCCUUAGUAGAUACUGCUCUGAACCUUGCUGAGCUUUUUAAAAAUAAGUUAAGGAUGUCAUUUAAAAACAAAAUAAGAAUCGGAAACCAAAUCCCAUGAAUGGCACGUGAAUGAAUGUAUACAGGUAUUGCACAAACAUGGAAGUCUCGCUUGAAUUGGAUGGAAUUCUUGUUUUUGCUUCUCAUUCUUUUUCUAGCAUUCUUAUUGACUGUUCUAGAGUGUCUGUGCUCACAGGCUUCCAGUUGAAAUGUUAGUAUUGCGUAAGAAGCUUUACAUUUCAUUUCCUGAGUUUGCUUUUCUGCUUGUUUUAUGAUGUUUCUGUUAUCCUGAUUGGCAGUUUACUCAGAUACUGUGCUUUUAUUCAUCGUUGAGAAGUCUGUGUUCAGGAGCUUUGACUAUGAGAUCAGGAGCUGCUCUUCAUUAGUUACCUGCCAUAGACAUAGGUAACAUAGGCUAGAUCAGCACUGUCUUGUGCACAGCAGUUUAUUACCAGCAAAACUAAAGGAAACUUGAUCCAAUGUGGCAAAUCACAAGAUGGCUUGAACUUAUUUAGACACUUUGGCUGAUCUAGCCUGCGCCUCAGGUAUCUAUGACCAGCAACUGAAGAGCAGCUCCUGAACUCGGGUCACCUUGACACAGUAUUUUAGGAAUUACACCAAGAAUAAUAGCACCAUACAACGCUGGAUGUUAGAAACAAAUCUAAGAAAAUGUAAUUUAGUGUGAAGUAACACAAAGAGAAUGUUAGAAAUGUUAAUAUUCUGUUUCUGUUUAAACGACUGGACGUUAACUAUUGAUAACCAGGUAUUAAGGUGGCAUUGCUCAGUUAGUGUUGAAGGAAGGAGUAUAAAUUAUUUACAAUACCGUCUUUUAAAUGAAUGAAGCCAUGGUAUCUUAACUUUAUCACGAGACCCUGUAUUGAAUUGGAAAUAUUUCAGAGCUCCCUCGAUAAACAGCUGCUUCCUUAAUGUGCUGUAGGUCACCCGGUCUGAUUUGCAGCUUGACUACUGGAGUGAGUUUUACCUACAGCCCAUGACAUGAUUAGGUACCAGGAUGCAGCAGCAACUUUCCAUCUGUAGGUCAGAUAUACAGCAGUAAACCCUGUCGAAUCCAGCCCCUCUGUAUAAUUCAGCAUCAUGUUUAGGUCCUGACCAAAUCCCUGUUGAAUUGAAUGGUGUGAUAAUAUCUUUAGAAUAAUAUCUUUAUUUUUAUAUAGCACCUUUCAUAGUGGAUCACCAUCACAAUGCACUUUACAGAGGCAGGCUGUGAUCCCCUCAAUCCGGAACAUGUCUUUUCUGGAAUCCCCCAUGAUUUGUAAAAGUCCUUUCUUCCUAAAAUCAGUGUAAAUCCGACUGAGCGUCUGUCUUCGGCUCAUGUGGUUUUUGUUUUCUAGAUUUUAUAAUGAAAUACGGAAAUAUGCACAGUCGGCACCGCCUAAUCGGGAUCCUGAGAAUCAGGAUUUCUGCUUAAAUGGGAUACAACUCUGGGAGACGGUUCUUCCCAAUGCUAUUUAUAUCGUUUUAAUUGGGAUACAGUAUUUUCAAAUGUGAACGGAGCUCGCUUUUCAUAGCGACAGGUUUGCCUAGCACAGUGCAGCGAGUGCGUGAUUACACUGUGACUUGCGUAAACCACAUUGAACUUGAAGGAGCUGGAGUCUCAGGCUGCUGUGGCAAAGAAAGUUGGCGUAUGAUGGGAUUUCAUUCUUUUUAAUUUCGAGUUGAAAUAAAAAGGGGCGAUUUUCAUUUUGUUUAGGAAUUAUGUAUAACAUUUAAUCAUAAUGUGAUGCUAAUUUGUUCAUUUACAAACAAAAAAGUGCGACUAAGGUGGUCUCAAAUGCCUCUCGUUUAAUUGGGACAGCCACUUAUUUGGGAUAUUUUUACUUCUCCCUAGGCGUCCCAAGAAAGCAGCUGCAAUUGUAUCCUUGAUUCCACAGUAAAAGAGACGAAUGCAAUCCUAGAAUGACGCUGUACACCGGGACAGUAUUUCUACUGUAUGCACUGUAAUAGACUUUAAAGGGUUGACAUUUGUCAUUUUAUAUCUUUUUUUUUUUUUAGGUGCAGUAUUAGAUUUCACAGCACCUCUGUAAUCCAGCACAGUGGGAUUUGGAAAUUAUGCUGGAUUAUACAAAUGAUGCUGGAUUAGACAGGCUUUACUGUACCAAAAGUAUGAAAGUGGAAUACAAUGGCAAGUCUUGGUUAGCACUCCUGUUAAUAAUACUCAACACUAAAUGCACGGCAUUGGGGGAAUGAAAGCACAUUGCUUACUGCUAUCUGCUAUCUGAUAAAGGUCUUUAAAUUGUCUCAUAUCUAAACCACUGAAUCCGCCCGCCUCCUUCACUAGUUUAUUCUCCGAUACUCUUUCAAUUGCAUGCGUUGUAUUCUUUUCCAAUAACUUGUGUCUAAGCAACUUCUUAAUGAGAACGUUUUUGUAGAUGACAAUGUUAAUUUAAAACUGACACCUGGAUUGUUAAUGUCGUAUUCCUUUUAGUGUAGAUUCAAGAGCUCUCUAAAUGAUUAAGAGUGCAUAAGGCGAAGCACAAGGCUAGUUUUGGUGUAUAUUUAAUUAUAGGUAGAACUUGUAUUGCUAUAUAGUAUUGAUUUACAUUUACCAAAGAUGUCAUUCAGAAUGCUUUGCAUACGCUAUUGCGCUGUAAGAGUAUGAUGUCUUGUGUUGUCUCUUUUUAAUGAAACUGGAAGCUGAUUUUAAAAAAAAAAAUCUACAUUUGUAAUCUAGAAUGUUUAUUUUGAAGGGUUUAGUCCCAUGUGUAUUUAUUUAGUCUGAAGUGUAAGAAACUUUGUUAUUAAACAGAAUUAACCGGUAUUCGUAAAAGCGGAAAGCACAGUUGUAUAGAUUGCUAUGCUUUUGUCUCCUCAUAUUCAAGGUACUGCAGUCCGAUCCCUAUAAGAAACCCCUGUGGAGUUAUUAAGUGCACUCUCUGUUAGGAAUUAUCUGAAUCAUGUUGUAAUCAGAUAGGAAAUUGCCUGUUAGAAUUACUUUAGGAUUCGUAGUUCAAUUUCCGAAACAUUUAAGAAUACAUUUGUUUAAAAGGAUGUAUGUGGAUAUUUCCAGUACUUUCUCAACUUCAUUAUACACACAUCGUUUAAAAAGGGGACUUUGACAAAACCAAUAUCACGUACUGCGUGUGGAAGUCUCUUGUGUAUUUAGGACUUAAAUUAACCAAACCUGGCAUUUUUAUUUUUCGUAAGUAGGUUUUUUAUCUUACAUUAUGGAGUUAUGACUGUUGUUGUUAAAGUGGGUUAGGGUUAGGGCUCGGGCUCUCGAGCUCUGUUGGCUGAUCUGGCCUAGCUUCUAUAUCUAUAUUGCAGCAAUGAGAACUGAAGAGCUGCUCCUGAGCUUGGUGAAAGCCCCCCCUCACAGACUAACACUACAAGAAAGACAUCAUUGCACUUAAAUGUACAGAGAAGGGUGACGAGGCUGAUCCCAGGACUCAAUGGACUGAGCUAUGAGAACACGUUCAAAUAAUUCAAUCUUCAGCCUGGAAGAGGGACUCGAUGUUAAGAAAAUCAUAAGUGGUUUAGACAGUGAACCCAUGUCACUACUGUGCUUCAGAGAGGGCAUGGAAGCUUAGUUUAGAACAGAAGGUAGGAAUCACUUUUUACAGAGUUUGAAAUGCAUGGAACAUCCUACCAGGUGAAGUGUCUAAGACACUAGUAGCUCGAUUUAGCACUAGUAUUGGCCAAUCCAAUGUUACUUUAGGUAAGGGAGUCUGAGAUUCGUGCUAAU